AUGCCCGAGAUGUCACAAAGCAACGGAGACGAAGGCGUCUCGCCCUUCCCCUCCCAACCAAAAGUCGGCACCGACUCCAUCCCCUUCCACCGUGAUGUCCCGGACCGCACCCGCUCCCCCAAGGCCGUGGAUCCCAAGCAAAAGAAAAACGACGAGUACAUCAUGGACACGAACAACAGCAGCAUCGUCUCCAAACGGUCCGUGGAGAAGCUCUACUAUGGCGGCGAAGCAGAGUACUUUCGUUAUUUUGUGAGCAAGUUCAAGCGGCGGUCGCCACUGAUCAAUCGCGGGUAUUGGUUGCGGAUGAAAUCGAUUGAGCAUUCGGUGACGAGGUUUCUGGCGGAGCAGACGCCGAAGAGGAAAAUUGUGGUGAAUUUGGGGUGUGGGUAUGAUCCGAUGCCGUUUUCGUUUUUGGGGAAGCAGCCGGAGUUGUGUGAUAAUACUACGUUUGUGGACGUUGAUUAUCCGGUGCUGAUGCAGAAUAAGUGUGGGAUUAUCUCGAAUACGGAGCAGCUGCAUGGGCUGUUGGAGAACUUCUACCGAACGAGCAAUGAGGAUGGGGUGUUGGGCGCUGGGAAUCCGUAUCUGGCUGUUGGAUGUGACUUGCGGGAUCUGGAUCUGCUCAAAGAGACGUUGCAGGAUGCCGUGGAGAUCGAGGAUGAGUCUGUCGCUAUUUUAUUUGUGGCAGAGGUGUCGAUUGCGUACAUGGACCGAGACGCAUCACAGGCUGUGCUCGAAUGGGCGGCAACAUAUCCCGAUGUGCGAUUCUGCCUCCUCGAGCAGCAUCUUCCCGAUGGCAUCGAACAUCCAUUUGCAAGAACUAUGCUUGCCCACUUCCAAAAGCUACGAACACCUCUGCACACGAUCGGAACCAUGGACGAGAUGAGGCAACGUUUCGUCAAUGCUGACUGGCCUGAGAAUGCAUUAGAGAUGCACUCACUGUGGGAGCUGUGGUCAGAGCCGACGUUCAUCAGUCCGGAGCAAAGGAGGAUUCUGGACGCAAUCGAGCCAUUCGAUGAGUGGGAAGAAUUUGCGCUUUUCGCCUCGCAUUACUUCCUGCUGCUAGUGGAGAGGAAAGCGGAUCAAGACUACACUUACAGGCCACAUCGGAUGUCCCUUGCCGCGAAUCGCGCUUCUCACGUACCCAGCCCAGUGGGCAGUGCUGGUUCGAGAGACGAUUCUGACCCUGAGUACCGCCUCUACGUGCAGGAAUUCAAGGGCUCGCAGGUGCCGCGCAGAUUUGGUGCACUGAUACCGCCAGCACUGCGAGGUCAGGAUGGUGAUGCUAUAGGUCUGCAUGCUGGGCUCGGAACGCAGGAGCGACUUGACGAUUGUGAUACAUACUCCUGGUUCGACACAGCGCAAGUGAUUGAUGGGCCGCCGUUACGGCAGGGUAUCAUGUGCCAUACCAUCACCAGACUGGGCGGAACGAACAACUGCAUGAUGGUGGGUGGCAGGACAUCGCCAGAUAGAGCGAUCGCAGACUGUUGGCUGCGGCAAGAUAGCCAGUGGCAGAAAGUCGAAAGCCUACCGGAGGCUCGAUAUCGGCAUUGCGCUGUGCCGGUCCGACUACCCACUGAGCCACGGCCAGCGCACACUCUGCUGGUGUACGGAGGUCGCACUGGAGAUGGUCACGUUCUGGACGAGUGGCUACUUUGGGCUGGCGAGCAGGGGUGGACAAAUCUGCGAGUGGUCGGCGAUCAUCCUUGUGCUCGCUUUGGCGCUGCGAUGAUCACGGACCACAAGGAGAGCAUAUCUGGAGUCAUCGUUGGGGGAAUGACGAGCGCUGGACGAGUGCUGAACGAUUUCUGGCACUGGAACCUGCAGCCGGAUAUGAGCAUUACUUGUCAAAACGUCUCUGCUCGCGCGAUCUCGGUGCUGAAGCAGAAUGCGACUAUACUGGGCAGGUUCGGUGCGCAACUUGUGCGAACGGAGCAUGGCAUUCUGCUUGUUGGUGGUGUCGCUGGCGGACGGAUGCUGACACGAAACGACGAGAUUUUGAACAUGCGGAGUCUGCGGCCUUUCACAGUCAAGAAUGCACGACCGCUCUUCGUCGGCGCUUCAGUGCAAGAAGUCGACGGCGGCCUACUAUUGCUGGGAGGCGGCGCUACCUGCUUCUCAUUCGGCACCUACUGGAGCAAGAGUUGCUUCCUGAGCACCAGCUCACGACCACAAGAGGACAUGGCAUGGCAGCUGAUUUCGAGCAAGCAGCCCGAAGUCCGCAAGACGAUCAUGGCAUCUCCGUCGAUGUCGACGCUCAACCUGCCACAGGGUGCAGAUAACCGUGCUUCGGUCUUCUCCUACCAUUCCGCACAUUCCACCGUAUCGCCUUCCUCGGCUGGGGCGAACCCUGAUCGAAUCUCUAUACUGCCGCCGGUACCGUCGCCUUCAACCGCACGAGCAUCCGCUUACUCAACUGCCUCGCCUUCCAUCAGAUUGGAUACGCCUGCCACACCGGUGGUCAACGGCCAUGGCAGCGGCCUACCUACCACUCUCAACGUGCCCAAGGUACGCCUGUCCGGCAACAACAACUUCAUGAAGUACUUGGACGCUGGCCAACCCGUCAUCAUCUCCGGCCUCUCUUUCGGCAGCUGCACCCAAUACUGGAGCAACGAAUACCUCAAAGAAGCCAUCGGCGCCGACCGCAAAGUCAGCGUCCACGUCUCCCAAAACGAGCGCAUGGACUUCGCCAACAAGAACUUCACCUACGAAACCCGCGACUUCGGCUCCUUCCUCGACGCCGCCAACUCCGGCGAAAAACUCUACCUCCGCUCUCUCUCCCAAUCCUCUCCAGCCGACACCCCCGCAAACCUGACCGACGACUUCCCCGAAAUCGCCCACGACUUCUCCCUCCCCGAGGAACUCGCCUACGUCGUCGCAAACGCCCACAGCACACCCCUCCGCAUCUCCGGGCCCGUAACCAUGUGGCUGCACUACGACGUCAUGGCCAACGUCCUCUGUCAAGUCCGCGGCACGAAGAAACUCAUCCUCUUCCCACCUUCAGACGUCGCACACCUCGGUUUCGAAGCCGGCGCCUCAAGCUCUAGCCUCGACGUCUUCAGCCCCACUGCUUCAGCGGAGACACCAGCGCUCCGCAAAACGCACCCUCGCGAAGCCCUCCUCGAACCAGGCGAUAUCCUCUUCAUCCCCUCCACCUGGCCGCACACCGCCGCCCCUACCUCUGGCAUGUCCGUCAGCGUGAACUGCUUCUUCCGCAGCCUCGAGGCGCAGAAGUACGCCGCGGGACGCGAUGUCUACGGCAACAGGGAUCUCGCGGCUUAUGAGCGGGGCAGGAAGGAUGUGGCGAAGAUCGUCAAGGGGUUUGAGGGCGUGCCGCCGCAUGUGGGGGGGUUCUAUUUGCAGCGGUUGGGGAUGGAGUUGUUGGAGCAGGCGAAGAAGCAGAGGGAGGCGGCGGGGGAGGGGCUGCAUGAGGUUUAUGCUGAGCUGGGGUCGUAG